AUGAAGAUCUCUUCAGAUUGCUUAUGGCCGCUACCAUGCGGUUACCUUAGGAUCCUUAGGACAUGUCUCCAUGUGUUAACAUCGUUUCGCCCUCUCCUGACUCAACGAUCAGUGAGCUCGUUUGGAAUCGCACCGGGCAUCGCGGCGAGGUCAAGGAUCAAAGCCGAAGCCUCCAAGGAAUUGGAAGAGACGAAGGUCUCCCUGGCACAGGAUGAGAAGACUUUGGCAGACUUCAAGUUGGACUGCAAGUCCGAGGUAGCAGACUAUGAGGAAGGUGCCAAGAGCCGCGGUCUGGAGUUGGAGGCAGCUCAGCUCCCGGGUAGCUAUACAGGCUAUACUGUCACCUCUGUCACCUUCUCGGCUCUGAAGUCGGCGAAGGCCACGCUGAAGGAAUCCUCGGGUCUCUCCUUCCUGCAGGAGAAGAGCUCUGUUCGUCACUCACAAGGCUCAAAGCAUGUCGAGGUGGUUCGCAUGGUGCGCAGCCUGGGACAACAGCUGCAAGACCACCAGCUGGUGCUGCUCAGUCGCCGCAUGGAUUCCAUGCUGCGCGAGGGGCAAAGCGCCGACAUCUUCGCCAAGAUCAAGACCAUGAUCACGGACCGCGCGACAGUUCGCGCCUACUGUGAUGCAGAGAUGGGCAAGGCCAACGACAAGAAGGAGGCCAAGGAGGCAGAUUUGGAAAGUGUGGCGAGCAAGAUUGAUGCAGCUGCUUCGAAAUCUGCCACUCUUAAGAAGCAGGUGCAAAGCAUCAGCUCCGAACUCUCGGUGCUGGCUGAGACCCAGACGACCCUUGGCCUAGACGAAUUGGGUGUAGCUGGGAUUGCGGUCAGCGAUGGGGUCAACGCGGCUACCCGCGCUGCUACGAACAUGACGAAGCUCCGACAAGAGGCCAAGGCCUUGUUUGAGAAGAACGAGCCAGAGACCGUGAAAGGCAUGGAAGGCGUGAAGACCGCCCUGCGCACCUUGCGUGAGUUCUACAAGAGCUCUGGCGUUCAGGUCACCAGUGGAGAGCGCAAGGGCGCUGCUGGCGGCGUGAUUGGGCGCUUGGAGGAGGUUGAAGCGGAUAUGGCCAUGAGCUUGACCCAGAUGCGCUCUGCGGAGAAGACGGCUGCCAGCAACUUUGACAAGGAGAAGGACAUCAGCUUCAAGACCAGCGAGGCCAUGCGCUUGGACGGUGAGCUGGCCGAGCUGAGCAAUGACCAGGAAAGCCAUCAGACCGAGAUGUCCGCCUUGCAGGUCAGCUGA